UUUCCUUCUUGUCUCUCUUAAAAUCUGCUAGGCACGGUUCACUUUUAACCUGGUGUCAUGUAUCAGUCCUCGUCAAAUCUGAGCUCUGGCUUCUUGGGCACAACCCACCUGCCUUUGUUCCUCCACUGUGGCCGCAAACAAAUGUUUAAGGGGUUUCCCUUAAAGAGAAUCUUUUUUGCUUUGCCUUUGGAUCCUGACACUCUUGAGAAAUGAUGCAGCCAAUUUGACUUUAGGAAAAUAUUUGUUAAGUCAUAAAUUUGAGCCCCGAGGAACGCUUGAUCUCCUCAAAGAUAGCUGGUCACAGGCUCCUUUGCUUGGGUUUUUGCUUUUGUUUGGAGAUCAUCUUUCCCUCUAGCUCUGGCUAACUUCACACUCGCAAUCAUUGUACUUCAGUUUCCUGUGUGCUGGGAGGGCAGGCAGGCACCAUGCCAAGCUGCAUUUUGCAUUGUUAUCUAAGGAGCAAAAACUUCCUCACAGAGUCAGUGAAGGCCUAGUGAAUUAUCAGGGUGAGUCAUCUGAGACCUUAGGAUGACUGAGUCCUUACAGAUAAAAGGCUAGCUCUCUGCCUUCUGUGAGCAGGCUCUCUGUUUAUCUCAGUGCCGUCCUGUCUGCCAUAAGGAGCAUAGCUGAAGGCUGAGUCUCAGUUCCACCCAACAUUCCUGAGGCUCACCACUGAGGCUGUGAAUUAAACCAUAGUCUUAACAUAACUGCCAGGGAUUCAGGGGACUCCUACGAGUUCCGAGAAGUCACUGCAUUUGGCUGAGCAGACCAGCUGGCUCCCUUGAGAUGAUUGCAGCUGCUUCCCAGUAGUCCUGACUGGCAUCUAGUUCUCCUCCAUUGGCCACCAUCUGUCUCGUGGGCUUUGCUGGUUCUGAUACCCACAGACUUCUGGUUUCAAACAAUGACUCUUGCUGCCUUCAGCCUUGGAGGGAAAUAAAGUGGUUUUGUUCGCCACAGAUUGUAAAUGGACACCCUGAAUGGUUAAUACGGUUAAAUGCUUAUGCAGCCAGGGGCGAGUUGAGUUCAAGAAGGACACAGCAGAUUGCUGAGAACAGCAAUUUCUAAUCAACUCACAGCAUGGAGACAACAGAUUACAACAAGAGAACCAGGAAUGAAAAUGUUUUGAACUGCUUGUAUCGAAAGCCCGAUGCAAUUUUUAAGCUGAUUUGCUUUCCCUGGGCCGGAGGCGGCUCUGCUCAUUUUGCCAAGUGGGGUCAAACAAUUAAUGACUUACUGGAAGUGCACGCUGUAAGGCUGGCUGGAAGAGAAACUCGACUUCACGAACCGUUUGCAAGCGACAUCUACCAGGUAGCUGAUGAAAUUGUGUCUGCGCUGCUCCCCAUCAUCCAGGAUAAAGCAUUUGCAUUUUUUGGCCACAGUUUGGGAUCCUACAUUGCUUUUCUGACCGCACUGCGCCUCAAGGAGAAACACAAAAUGGAGCCGCUGCAUUUCUUUGUGUCUAGUGCAUACGCCCCCCACUCAAAAUCCCGGCCUCAAGUUCCUGAACUUAACAAACUGUCAGAAGAACAAAUCAAAUACUACCUUCAGAAUUUUGGAGGCACCCCCAAGCAUCUCAUGGAUGACAAGGAUUUUUUCAGUCAGUGCAUUCCCAUUCUGAAGGCAGAUGUUGUCAUUUUGAAAAACUUCAUCUUCGACACACCCUCAGAAGCCCUUCUUUCUCAGGACAUAACGUGUUUUCUUGGAUCCGAAGAUACGGUAAAGGACAUAGAAGGCUGGAAAGACCUCACCAGUGGGAAGAUUGAUGUCCACACGCUGCCAGGUGAUCACUUCUAUCUGUUGGAACCUGGCAACGAGAAAUUCAUCAAGAACUACAUAACCAAGUGUCUGGAGCUGUCGUCACUUGAUUGUUUUUAGAUGGGCUUUCUUCGGUCUUGCCAGCGUGCAAACGGAUCACAAGCUGUGAUCGUGGGGUCAGGGAGAUGGAGCUCUUUAGUUUUCAGAGACUGGAAAGAUGCAUACUAAUGAAUGUCUUCAUAGAACAUUUCUUUAUCUGGGGAAGAGAUGAGUGCUAAAAGUCAGGGAGGCAAAGGAGCUAUUGUAGUUGAUAGGUGCAGCGGGAAGGGGGGUAUUUUGGGGGGGGGUGUCGCCACUAGUAUGUUACUCAUGCUCCAGUGAAUGCCACUACACACUUGUGGCACAUGCAGGCAGCACUAAUUGGACUUAGUGAGCUAUUUGAAAAGAAGAAGAUGAGAAGAGGGUAUGAAGUUGGGAGGGGUACGUGGUGGAGGACGUCCGUCCGUCAGGGGCGUUGGAAAGGCAAGUGAGGGGUGGAUGUGAUCAAAACAUAAUGUAUACAUUUAGGAGAAUUUCAAAGGAUAAAUAAAAAUAUUGUUA